GGUCCCUCGUUCCUGCUUAUUAAUCAGUCGCCUUGACCUACUCAUCCUCCUCUUUCUCUCCUCCUCUCCUCUCUAAUUCUCAGCAUCUUCCUCUGACUCAUCUUUUCAUCCCCUCCCCCUUCUGUUUCUCCUCUCAUCUCGCUCUCAUUCUGAUUUCCACCCACCUUCUCUCUGUUUUGCCUCUCUCUUCCGCAGGUCGACACUUCCAGGCUUGCCUAACGCAAGGCUACGCGCACUGACGGCAGAAUGUCCAUUGUGAGCAUCGUUGCCAGGGAAAUCCUGGACUCUCGGGGAAACCCUACAGUGGAGGUGGACCUGAGAACUGAUAAAGGUCUAUUCAGGGCUGCAGUCCCCAGCGGAGCAUCGACUGGCAUCUAUGAGGCUCUGGAACUCAGAGAUGGAGACAAGAGCCGUUACAAGGGCAAAGGUGUACUGAAGGCUGUUGGUCACAUUAAUGACACUCUUGGACCAGCCCUUAUCGCAUCUGAGAUCAGUGUGGUGGAGCAGGAGAAACUGGACAACAUGAUGAUCGAAAUGGACGGCACAGAGAACAAAUCUCAGUUUGGUGCUAAUGCCAUCCUGGGAGUGUCUUUGGCCAUCUGCAAGGCCGGUGCGGCAGAAAAAGGCGUCCCUCUGUAUCGUCAUAUUGCUGAUCUGGCAGGAAACACAGAACUAGUGCUGCCAGUUCCUGCCUUUAAUGUAAUCAACGGAGGCUCCCAUGCUGGAAACAAGCUUGCCAUGCAGGAGUUCAUGGUGCUUCCUGUGGGGGCGGAGUCAUUCCGUGACGCCCUGCGUGUCGGAGCCGAACUCUACCAGACUCUGAAGGGUGUCAUCAAGGAGAAGUAUGGCCAAGAUGCCACCAAUGUCGGUGACGAGGGAGGAUUCGCUCCAAACAUCCUGGAGAACAGUGAAGCACUUGAGUUGAUAAAGACGGCCAUUGACAAGGCCGGGUUCACAGAUAAAGUCGUGAUCGGGAUGGAUGUAGCCGCCUCGGAGUUCUACCGUGACGGGAAGUACGACCUUGACUUCAAGUCCCCUCCAAACCCAGACAGACACAUCACCAGCGAUGAGCUGGUAGAGAUCUACCAGACGUUUGUCAACGAUUAUCCAGUGGUGUCCAUUGAGGACCCAUUUGAUCAGGACGACUGGGCCGCUUGGUCUAACAUGACAGGUUCCAUGGGGAUCCAGAUUGUAGGCGACGACCUGACUGUGACAAACCCAAAGAGGAUAGAGAAGGCUGCGGAAGACCGUGCAUGCAACUGUCUGCUCCUGAAGGUCAACCAGAUCGGCACCGUCACGGAGGCCAUCCAGGCAUGUAAGCUCGCUCAAGCCAACGGAUGGGGUGUGAUGGUCAGCCAUCGCUCAGGAGAGACAGAAGACACUUUCAUUGCUGAUCUAGUGGUGGGACUCUGCACUGGACAGAUAAAGACAGGUGCUCCGUGUAGAUCUGAGCGUCUCGCCAAAUACAACCAACUUAUGAGGAUUGAAGAAGAAUUGGGCGAUCAGGCUCGAUUCGCCGGGCACAAUUUCAGAAACCCUAGCGCUCUGUGAUACUGACACCACCACACCGAAAUCACUCAAAAAAACAACUGACAAACUGAGUAUGUACUGCACUGAACCGACUGACCCUUAAAAAUCAUUCAAAAUGCAUUAAAACAGCACUAUUUGCACUGAUAUACAAAAUAUGACUUACUCAGACACUCAAAAUAUAUAUUUCAACUGAACUGGACAGGCUUUGAUAGACCAAAAAUUAUGCACAGCGGAUCCUGGAGCGACCAACAUUAUGCACAAGUAAUACUGAAUUACUUGACGGGCAAAGCAUGUGCACAGGGUGGACAUGCAUGCGUAUGAUAAAGAAAAUGGACCUUGAAUUUAACAAGGCAAAAACUUGAUUUAACUCAGAUGGAAUAAAAGUAGAGAUUUAUUGUAAUCAGGUGUAAUCUUUCAAAUUAAGCUUCAGUUUAGAUGUGAAAUGUAAAACACCGUCUAGGUUGACUUGCCACACUAAAGAAAUCAAAUGUCAUUUUUAUGGUUCAUUGCAUGAGAAGUAGGCAAAAAUAUAUAGAUAUUUUCCUGAAUAUUUAUGCAGCAGUGGGAUUUUCAUUGGCAAGUUCACGCUGAUAUGAGUGACAUUGACAGUGAAGAAUUCAUGGUCCAGCAUUUUCUCUAAAAGUUGUUUGCCCAGGGCAUUAUAUGCUUUUUAUCAAACAAUACUCUUUUUCUCAGAUGCUGUUUUUGUGUCCAUCUCUGACCCAAA